GACAAAAAGACCGAUGCCCUAGCAAGUUGGAAACCUCCCAUUCCCAUUCCCCUCCGCCGCCUCGUCAAAUUCACGGGACCGGGAGAGCUCUCAGAAAGCGCCCACCAAACGCCCACGCGAGGGACGACGUGCCCUCCGAGUCUCUCGGCGGCGAUGGCGCUCUCCGACCGCUCCCGCGAGUCGCUCCUUCCGAGCUUCCUCUACGCCUCCACGGUGCGCUCCUUCACCGGCGGCGCCGCGCGCCUACCUGUAUCCGCCCCGGCGCCGGCCGCGUCUGGAGGAGCAGGCGGCUCGCCGUUCUCGAUCCAGGCGCCCAAGGAGAAGAUCGAGAUGUACUCGCCGGCGUUCUACGCAGCCUGCACGGCCGGAGGGAUCGCCAGCUGCGGGCUCACCCACACGGCCGUCACGCCGCUCGACCUCGUCAAGUGCAACAUGCAGAUUGAUCCAGCGAAAUACAAGAGCAUCACAUCUGGAUUUGGUGUCCUGUUAAAGGAGCAAGGGGCUAGGGGCUUCUUCAGGGGAUGGGUGCCUACCUUGCUUGGUUACAGUGCUCAGGGGGCUUGCAAGUUCGGCUUCUACGAGUUCUUUAAGAAGUAUUACUCAGAUAUUGCAGGGCCUGAGUAUGCCCAGAAGUACAAGACUCUAAUCUACCUCGCAGGGUCUGCUUCUGCUGAGGUGAUUGCUGAUGUGGCUCUCUGCCCCUUUGAAGCUGUGAAGGUACGUGUGCAGACACAACCUGGAUUCGCUCGUGGGUUGAGUGAUGGGCUCCCCAAGUUUGUCCGAUCUGAGGGUGCUCUUGGGCUCUACAAGGGAAUUGUUCCUCUCUGGGGUCGUCAGAUUCCUUAUACCAUGAUGAAGUUUGCUUCCUUUGAGACCAUUGUUGAGCUUAUCUACAAGCAUGCUGUUCCCAUUCCAAAGUCUGAGUGCAGCAAGUCUUUCCAGUUGGGUAUCAGCUUUGCUGGUGGUUACGUUGCUGGUGUCUUCUGUGCUAUUGUUUCUCAUCCGGCAGAUAACCUCGUCUCUUUCCUGAACAAUGCCAAGGGGGCUACAGUGGGUGAUGCUGUUAAGAAGCUUGGUCUUUGGGGUCUUUUCACCAGAGGACUUCCUCUUCGUAUUGUCAUGAUCGGUUCCCUUACUGGUGCUCAGUGGGGAAUUUAUGAUGCUUUCAAAGUCAUGGUUGGACUCCCAACAACUGGUGGUGUUACACCCGCACCCGCUGCUACUGCAGAGGCUGAAUUGAAAGCCAGCGCUUGAUUUUUCUGCUAAGAUGCUAUUCCCCGAGAUCAUAUACGGUGGAUGAGAUUGUAUCAAUUACCUGAGAGCUUAGUACCCAAAUCUUUUGGUUUUUCUUAACGGAUGAUCCGUCUGUCAUCCUUUUGAUGAGAGGAACUCAUUAAACAGGUGAUGUAGGUCUUUUUUGCCCCCGUAAAAGUUGAUGCUUGAUACAUAAUAAUUUGUAGGACAGCACUGCUGUUAGAGCGCAGGUUUUGUUACCACCUGUACUGAGGAAUACUCACACCAUGGUGUUUCCUGAAAGCAUAAACCACUUUUGGAGCUCUUCA